AUGUCGAGUACCGACGACACUAACGAACGACUUCAACUUAAAUCUUCAUAUCGAGAUGAUAAACAAGGCGAAGGUCAAUGGGGAGAUUUUACUGGUCUUGAAAGCAAAGAAAUUCGUCAUGUAUUUAUUCGAAAGGUUUAUUCAAUUCUUAUGAUUCAAUUAGCAAUUACAUUUGGUCUUAUUGCAUUAUUUCAUUUUAUACCAUCGAUUCAUACUUUCGUGCGAAGUUCGAAUGGUCAAUGGCUUUAUUUCGCAUCAUAUAUUGUUUUUGUGAUUGUUUAUCUUACAUUGAUUUGUUCGCAACGUCUAGCACGAAGGUUUCCACUUAAUUUUAUUUUCCUCGGCAUUUUGACAUUAUCAAUGGGUUAUAUGUUGGGUAUGAUUUCAGCAUAUUAUAAAGUCGAAUCAGUAUUAAUUGCUGUUGGUAUAACAACAAUUGUUUGUUUGGGUAUUACAUUAUUUUCCUUCCAAACAAAAUAUGAUUUUACAUCAUGUUUUGGAGUUUUAUUUGUUGUUACAUUGGCAUUUUUAAUUUUUGGAAUUGUUUGUAUUUUUACUUAUUCAAGAAUAAUGUAUACAAUCUAUGCUGGUCUUGGAGCUCUGAUUUUUUCAAUCUUCUUGGCUAUUGAUACACAAUUAAUUAUGGGUGGAAAACAACAUGAAAUAAGUGCUGAAGAUUAUGUUUUUGCAUCAUUGAUGCUUUAUAUUGAUGUUGUUUAUAUAUUUUUAUAUCUUCUUAUGUUGUUAGGUAUUAGAAAAUAA